AUGCUGAACGUCCUGAAACGACUACGACUACUAGUUUCCAGCAACAAGGCGAAAAUUCUUGAUGAAGAAAACCAAAUCUCUCCCUCGGCCGUGGACGCGAGGUACAUAAAUGCCUUCUAUGAUGCAAUCCUUUCAAGAGAUGCUGUAAACGUCCGCCACCUGCUAGAUUAUGGAAUUGUUGACGUCAACUGCGAUAACGGGUCGGGGCGGACGGGAUUGCAAUUCGCAGCGGCGUCCGGCAAAACGGAUAUCGUGGAAAUUCUGUUGGAGAAGGGGGCCAAUGUCAACGCAGAGCCAGCACGUCGCGAUGGAAGAACAGCGCUACAAGCAGCAUCGGAGGGAGGCCAUCUUGAGCUGGUGAAUCGACUUUUGGAGAACGGGGCCAAUGUCAACGCAGAGCCAGCUGUGUGGGAUGGAAGAACAGCGCUACAAGCAGCAUCGGAGGGAGGCCAUCUUGAGCUGGUGAAUCGACUUUUGGAGAACGGGGCCAAUGUCAACGCAGAGCCAGCUGUGUGGGAUGGAAGAACAGCGCUACAAGCAGCAUCGGAGGGAGGCCAUCUUGAGCUGGUGAAUCGACUUUUGGAGAAGGGGGCCAAUGUCAACGCAGAGCCAGCUGAAUCGGAUGGAAGAACAGCGCUACAAGCAGCAUCGGAGGGAGGCCAUCUUGAGCUGGUGAAUCGACUUUUGGAGAAGGGGGCCAAUGUCAACGCAGAGCCAGCACGUAGCGAUGGAAGAACAGCGCUACAAGCAGCAUCGGAGGGAGGCCAUCUUGAGCUGGUGAAUCGACUUUGGGAGAAGGGGGCCAAUGUCAACGCAGAGCCAGCUGAAUCGGAUGGAAGAACAGCGCUACAAGCAGCAUCGGAGGGAGGCCAUCUUGAGCUGGUGAAUCGACUUUUGGAGAAGGGGGCCAAUGUCAACGCAGAGCCAACAUGGGGCAAUGGAAGAACAGCGCUACAAGCAGCAUCGGAGGGAGGCCAUCUUGAGAUAGUGAAUCGACUUUUGGAGAACGGGGCCAAUGUCAACGCAGAGCCAACAUGGAGGAAUGGAAGAACAGCGCUACAAGCAGCAUCGGAGGGAGGCCAUCUUGAGCUGGUGAAUCGACUUUUGGAGAACGGGGCCAAUGUCAACGCAGAGCCAGCUGAAUUUCAUGGAAGAACAGCGCUACAAGCAGCAUCGGAGGGAGGCCAUCUUGAGCUGGUGAAUCGACUUUUGGAGAAGGGGGCCAAUGUCAACGCAGAGCCAGCACGUGGCGAUGGAAGAACAGCGCUACAAGCAGCAUCGGAGGGAGGCCAUCUUGAGCUGGUGAAUCGACUUUUGGAGAAGGGGGCCAAUGUCAACGCAGAGCCAGCUGAAUUUCUUGGAAGAACAGCGCUACAAGCAGCAUCGAAGGGAGGCCAUCUUGAGAUAGUGGAACGGCUAUGUACAGCAGGCGCUACCACAUAA